AAGAUAGUUAACAUGCGCCUUCGGUUCUCAAGUCACGAGGAGUAUUUUGGUAAUUUAAGUUCCGUUCUCUCUAUCAUAGGCCGGCAAAUCUAUUCAAGUUUUUGAAUAUCCCUUUCUCCGAUGAAGCACUACAGCACCCAUUGAUAAGCUCCUCUACCAAACGGAAAAGACGAUUCUGCAUCAAUGGUGAAGGGAGGAGGGCAAAACCUACAGCCCGAUGUGACCCAGGUGAUCGAUCAGCUGGAACGCCACUGUUUGGCUCCCGAUGGAUCUCUCGUCUCCAAAUCAGCCUACUACGACCUACAACUCGCGAGAGAGGAGAUGUCCCGGGAGAGACUUCGCUACUUAGAAGCAAUGGCUAUUUACUGCGAGGCGAUUGCUAUGGUGGAAGAGUAUCAGCAAGCUGUUUCGGUUGCUAAUCUUGGAGGCAUCCGAGACAUCCAAGGCUUAUAUCCACAAUUUAGCUUGAAGAACUCUUCUCAGGUUUAUGAGACUCUUGAGCAUCGGUUAGUUGUUGCUGAAGCAGCUCAGAAAUUGAGGCUUCCUCUUAUAUCAAAGGAUGGUGAAAUCCAUGAGGAGGAAAUUGAAAAAUGGAGUAUAAUGUCACGAAGCUCCCUUGAUAGUACAAGUACCAGCGUCACUAUCAGCUCAAGCUCUAAUUCAAUAAAUUAUGCAAAUAGUUCUGCAAACAGUGCUGCUGGCACAGCAAAUAAUGCCCUUUCUGUUGGUGCUGCUGAUUCAGCCGAACCUGGAGUUGGUGGUGUUCCCAAUCGUUUUCUUGGUAUAACACCCUCUUAUUUAUGGCAAACUCAGCUCCAACAAAUGCCAUUAGUGAUGGACAUGGCAGAGUACCAAAUGUCUCUUUCCCAUGAGAUUGAGGCUCGUCUGAAGGAUAAAUGUGGCAAGUUAGCGGAUGCCUUUGUUGAUGAUAUUGACUCCUCAUCUACUAGCCAAAAUUCUACUGCUCGGCUUCCAGAGAGGGUUAAGUUGAUAAUUGAGGAAAUUGAAAGGGAAGAAGCUGCUCUGCGAGAGGAUCUCUAUUCUGCAGACAGAAAGUUUGCAGAAUACUACAAUGUGUUAGAGCAGAUACUGGCAGUGCUUAUUAAGCUUGUAAAAGAUCUGAAGUUGCAGCAUCAACAUAAAUAUGAUGAACUACAAAAAACUUGGCUGUGUAAAAGGUGUGAGACCAUGAGCGCAAAAUUAAGAGUUCUGGAGCAUGUGCUCCUGCUUGAAACAUAUACCCAGGAUUCCAUUCCAGCCCUCCAUAAAAUAAGGAAGUAUCUUGUAGAGGCCACAGAAGAAGCUUCUAAGGCAUAUAAUAAAGCGGUUACCCGACUCCGUGAAUAUCAAGGUGUGGAUCCUCAUUUCGACACAAUUGCAAGGCAAUACCAUGAUAUUGUAAAGAAAUUGGAAAAUAUGCAAUGGACGAUCAAUCAAGUUGAAAUGGACUUAAAACGACUACCAGAUCAUCCAAGCAAGUAAUUAGAAUAUUGUAUUAAUGUGUCGAAUAAUAGCACAAGUAUCCAGUUAUUGCUUGACCAACUCUCCUUUAUAUUCUUUUUCCCCAAAAAAGUAAUAUUUAUGAAGCGAGUUUUUCUUGUA